GCGGCCUGCGCGCGGGCCGUCGCCCCCGGGCAUGCGAGGCGGCAGCUCGGCCGGUGGGCCCGGAGCGGCGCUGAGGCCGGCGGCGGACGCUCUACCCACUUUGGCCUGGACCCAAUCUCCAAGGGCUAAAAAUAUUGCCCGGAGGCUCCUGAGCGGAAUCAGAUCGCGCUAAGUAGGGCACAGCGGAGAGGCGACAAAGCUCCUGGGCCCCAGGGCCCGCGGAGCAGACUCUGGAGCGCGGUCCCGCCCACGGGCGCAUCAGCGCUGGCCCCUGCCGGCAGGUGAGCGGCCCCGGGCGCCGGUCUUCUGAAGUCGCCCCACGACCGAGCAGCUGUGCCCGCCCGGGCGUCUCCCUGCCCAGGGGACCUUCAGUGUCACCGCAGGCUUUCCAGGGGUCCCUCGAUGCCCUACGAACCACAGCUGGAAGUUUCCCGCUGCAAGAAUCACUGUACUAACAGGUGUGUGUGGAGGCCAGCAUGAAGCUGAAGAAGCAGGUGACGGUGUGUGGGGCUGCCAUCUUCUGCGUGGCCGUCUUCUCCCUCUACCUUAUGCUGGACCGAGUGCAGCAUGAUCCCACCCGACACCAGAACGGCGGGAACUUCCCCCGGAGCCAAAUUUCUGUGCUGCAGAACCGCAUCGAGCAGCUGGAGCAGCUGUUGGAGGAGAACCAUGAGAUUAUCAGCCACAUCAAAGACUCCGUGCUGGAGCUGACAGCCAACGCGGAGGGCCCGCCCGCCCUGCUGCCCUACUACACAGUCAACGGCUCCUGGGUCGUGCCACCAGAGCCCCGGCCCAGCUUCCUCUCCAUCUCCCCUCAGGACUGCCAGUUUGCUUUGGGGGGCCGGGGCCAGAAGCCAGAGCUGCAGAUGCUCGCCGUGUCAGAGGAGCUGCCAUUUGACAACGUGGACGGCGGCGUGUGGAGGCAGGGCUUUGACAUCUCCUACGGCCCGCACGACUGGGACGCCGAAGACCUGCAGGUGUUCGUGGUACCCCACUCUCACAAUGACCCAGGCUGGAUCAAGACCUUCGAUAAGUACUACACGGAGCAGACCCAGCACAUCCUCAACAGCAUGGUGUCCAAGCUGCAGGAGGACCCGAGGCGGCGCUUCCUCUGGGCGGAAGUCUCCUUCUUCGCCAAGUGGUGGGACAACAUCAACGCCCAAAAGAGAGCAGCAGUCCGAAGGCUGGUGGGAAACGGGCAGCUGGAGAUUGCCACAGGAGGCUGGGUGAUGCCGGACGAGGCCAACUCCCACUACUUCGCGCUGAUUGACCAGCUCAUCGAAGGACACCAGUGGUUGGAGAGAAACCUUGGUGCAGCCCCACGCUCUGGCUGGGCAGUGGACCCCUUUGGACACAGCUCCACCAUGCCUUACCUGCUCCGCCGUGCCAACCUGACCAGCAUGCUGAUCCAGAGGGUGCACUAUGCCAUCAAGAAGCACUUUGCUGCCACCCACAGCCUGGAGUUCAUGUGGAGGCAGACAUGGGACCCGGACUCCAGCACAGACAUCUUCUGCCACAUGAUGCCCUUCUACAGCUACGACGUCCCUCACACCUGCGGUCCCGAUCCCAAGAUCUGCUGCCAGUUUGAUUUCAAACGCCUGCCCGGUGGGCGCAUCAACUGCCCUUGGAAGGUGCCCCCCCGGGCCAUCACAGAGGCCAACGUGGCAGAGAGGGCGGCCCUGCUCCUGGACCAGUACCGGAAGAAGUCCCGGCUGUUCCGAAGCAACGUCCUCCUGGUGCCGCUCGGCGAUGACUUCCGGUACGACAAGCCCCGAGAGUGGAGUGCCCAGUUCUUCAACUACCAGCGGCUCUUUGACUUCUUCAACAGCAGGCCCGACCUCCACGUGCAGGCCCAGUUUGGCACCCUCUCUGACUAUUUUGACGCUCUGUACAAGAGGACCGGGGUGGAGCCAGGGGCCCGGCCUCCAGGCUUUCCUGUGCUGAGCGGGGAUUUCUUCUCCUACGCGGACCGGGAGGAUCACUACUGGACAGGCUACUACACUUCCCGGCCUUUCUACAAGAGCUUGGACCGGGUCCUGGAGGCCCACCUGCGGGGGGGCAGAGAUCCCUGUACAGCCUGCGCCGUGGCGCACGCCCGCCGCGCCGGGCUGGCCGGGCAGUACCCUGUCCGACGUCUCACCCUCCGUGACGGAACUCGGCGCACCCCUGGGCCUUCCAGCCAAGACGCCAUCACCGGCACCAGCCAAGCGAGACCACGUGGCUGAAUGGACUACGGGGUCAGGCUCGCUGCGCGCGCGCGUUGUGCAGGCCUGAAGCAGGUCAUCGUCAACGCGGCUCACUAUCUGGUGCUGGGGGACAAGGAGGCCUACCACUUUGACCCCGAGGCGCCCUUUCUCAGCGUGAGGCCGCACCUGCUGGGGGGGCCGCCCUGGCCAUCGGAUGGACACCCGCCUCAAGUCAGCGACGACCCCUGCCGGAGCGCACGCGUGAUCCACGCGGACUCCUCAGCCCAGGUGGCCGCGGGCCAGGCCGGGCGCAAGAGAGGCAAAGCCGCGCCGCCCGGCGUCUCGCCCCUCCCGGCCCCAAGUUGUCAGGGAUCACGGCAAGGACCAUCAGUUUGUCGGCGCUGGAGCUGCUGCACCCGUCGAGGCGUGGUCCCCGGCGUCUACCAGGUGAUGCGGAGCUGCCGGCAGGUGGCGCCCGGGCCCAGCCCUUCUGUGCCCGUCUUUGGCCCCGCCCGCCCGGGACUCCACUGUGCCCACGGAGCCCAGCUUCCCGCCCUCCUGCCGGUGGCCCUGCUCACUCCCCAGUCUGAUGAGGACAAAGGGGCAAGUAAUCCCACCCCCACUGUCAGGAGGGGACAGAGGUCCCGCGUCAGCAAGCAAGUGCCUGGGCCCCAGAAUCCCAGGCCCGCGUCCAGGAGUGAAGCCCAGGCGUGGCACCUGCCUCCUCACCCCCCACCCCUGUGCCCGCAGGUGUCUGUGCCCAUCCGCCUGCCGGCCCUGGGCCUGGGUGUGCUGCAGCUGCACCUGGGCCUGGACGGGCACCGCACGCUGCCCUCGUCCGUGCGCGUCUACCUGCACGGCCGGCAGCUGCCCGUCAGCAGGCACGAGGCCUUCCCGCUCCGCAUCGUCGACUCGGGCACCAGCGACUUCGCGCUCAGCAACCGAUACAUGCAGGUCUGGUUCUCAGGCCGCACUGGGCUCCUCAAGAGCAUCCGAAGGGUGGACGAGGAGCAGGAGCAGCGGGUGGACAUGGCGUUCCUCGUCUACGGCACCCGCACGUCCAAAGACAAGAGCGGAGCCUACCUCUUCCUGCCCGACGGCGAGGCCAAGCCCUACGUCCCCAAGGAGCCCCCCGUGCUGCGUGUCACCGAAGGCCCUUUCUUCUCGGAGGUGGUUGCAUACUACGAGCACGUUCACCAGGUGGUCCGGCUUUACAACCUGCCAGGGGUGGAGGGGCUGUCUCUGGACAUGUCGUCCCUGGUGGACAUCCGGGACUACGUCAACAAGGAGCUGGCCCUGCGCAUCCACACAGACAUCGACAGCCAGGGCACCUUCUUCACAGACCUCAAUGGCUUUCAGGUGCAGCCCCGGCGGUACCUGAAGAAGCUGCCGCUGCAAGCCAACUUCUACCCCAUGCCGGUCAUGGCCUACGUCCAGGACGCGCGGUGGCGGCUCACGCUGCACGCUGCGCAGGCCCUGGGCGUGUCCAGCCUCGGAGACGGCCAGCUGGAGGUGAUCCUGGACCGGCGACUGAUGCAGGAUGACAACCGGGGCCUAGGCCAGGGGCUCAAGGACAACAAGAGGACCUGCAACCGGUUCCGCCUGCUGCUGGAACGGCGAGCCGUGGGCAGCGAGGUGCAAGACGGCCGCUCCGUCAGCUAUCCGUCCCUCCUCAGCCACCUGACCUCCGUGCACCUGAACAGCCCGGCGCUGGCCCUGCCCGUAGCCAGGCAGCCGCCCCCAGGCCCCGGCCUGCGGUCCUUCCACCCUCUGGCUUCCUCGCUGCCCUGCGACUUCCACCUGCUCAACCUGCGCUCGCUCCAGGCGGAGGAUGACACCCUGCCCUCGGCGGAGACCGCACUCCUCCUGCACCGCAAGGGUUUCGACUGCGGCCUCGAGGCCAAGAACUUGGGCUUCAACUGCACCACAAGCCAAGGCAAGGUGGCCCUGGGGAGCCUUUUCCACGGCCUGGACGUGGCGUUCCUGCAGCCCACCUCGCUGACGUUGCUGUACCCGCUGGCCUCGCCCUCCAACAGCACCGACGUCUACGUGGGGCCCAUGGAGAUCGCCGCCUUCCGCCUCCGCCUGGGCUAGGGCUUCUCGUGGCCUGAUGAGACCGCCUCUCACCGUCCCGAUCCGCCUCCCAGAACUGGGACAGACUGGGCCGCGCCCUCGUCCUCUGUUUAUUGCCGCUGCUGUGUUCGGGGCCGCCCGCAAGCCCAGCGGCCGGCAGACGGGGCAGCCAGCGAGGUCGGGGAGGGAAGGCCCCUGGGCAGAGCAGCCGGCGCCAGACCCAGCGGCCGGUGGUGAGCGGCCACCAGCGGGGCACAGGCCCAAGCGCCCGUCCUUUUCCCAAGGGCACGCGGGAGACGCCGAGGCACACAGAGGAGGUGAGGGAGGCUGGGCAGGUAACCGCCAGCGCACGCCAGUGUGGCAGGGGCUGGCUCUGGGGGAAUCCUGUGUUCUGUGGAGACCGCGUGUGUGGUGUGACCAGGAGGAGAGCGACUCUGGGGAGAGAGGGGCGGGGACCCAGAGUUAGUGGUGGGUGGAGGAGUUGAAGGAAUCCGUGCUUCUCCGCAUAGUCUGAAGGCCUUGCUGCUCUCUGUGAUGGCUCCACCUGGCCCACAUGCCCCGGCUCGGGGCUGCCGGGUGGCAGGGAGGACUCACUAGAGACUGUCACGGCCAGAGGUCAUAGGACACUUCAGGUAUCAAAACCCCUAUAGGCCAAGCUGGGCGCGUGGCCUAUGUGUUGCCUUGUGGGAGGGUGGCGGGGGCGUGGGGUCCUUCGCCCUACCUGACCCCGCCCCGCCCCUGUACUCUGUCCACCACCCUUCCCAAGAGCUCCUGCCCGCCACGGGGCGUGGCCCUACUUCCUCCACCCGGAGAGAAAGUGAAUCCUCCGAGCCCCAUGUGCUCGGGCAGCUCGAGAAGGCUUUCGGCACCACCACGCCUGGCCGUCGGGCCUUCGAAGGUCCGUCCUUCCGCAGAAACCCUCGAUUCGGGGCCAGGGCACAGGGACGUGAGACCACGUCAGGAGGCGGCACGGCUGCCCGAGAGCCCGCAGCGCAGCCUCGAUUAACAGAGACACAUUCGCGAUAGUCUCUGCAAGACGCGGUAAAGCUACUCGGCGAAAUUUAAAAUCCAUCCCUUGUUAAAACUCUUAGUAAGUUAAGACUAGAGAGAGACAUCCUAAUCUAGAUGAAGGUGUCUCUCAGAAAUGCAGGUGCUGGCAUUCUGAAGAGUCAGUUCCCAGCAAAGUCAGAGAGUAGCCAAGGGCAGCUGUCACUCGGCAACGUCCUGGCCCUGCCAGCCCCUCAAUGAGGCCAGAUGAGGGAGACCAGGAAGAAAUAGCGUUGUCGCCGUUUGUAGACAAUAACAGCGCCUACCUUGAAACUCUGAAUCAAGCGAAGACCUAUUGAGAGUGUUCUGGAAGCUCACCCAGGGAUACUACACAUCACGUCUGUGUGAGGAUCUCGGUUCUCCCCACAUCAGCCGAUAAAUUCGCUGUAAUUCCAGCGAGAUUGGAUACUUUUUGGAAUUUGCCAGGUCCUGACGUUCACUUGGGAGAGUAAAUGUGUGAGGCUACUCGGACAGUCCUGAAUGGUGAGUUGGGUGGCGCUGCGGUGGGGAAGAGGCGCUCGAGCUGCCGGCUGCCUUUCCCGAAGGACUCUCGCCCUGCCGUGAACUCUGCUCGGUGUGACGGGAAGCGGGUCAGACAGACGCUGGGACAGACGGAGAGUCCAGAAACAGACCCAGGGACACAGGCGAUUAGGAUAUGGCAGGAGGACUAUUUUAAAUGGGGGGAAAGAAGGAUUAUUUAGUUAAUAGUACUUUGAGACAACUAGCUAUCUAUUAAAGUAAGUUAAAGCUCUACCUCACAGUUUCUGAAAAAAUUAGUUCCGGAGGGAAAAAACAAAAAAAUAAAACUACAAAAUUA